UGCGGCGAUGCGAGCGGGCUGCGCUCGGCUCCGCUCCCCGCCUAGCCGCGCCGGCCGAGCAUGGGCUGCAUCGGCUCCAAAGGCACCCUCGUGGCUGUGGACACGACUUUGCAUGUGGAGUGGAGUGAGGUGAAGGCCCUGCCUGCCCUCUCGCCCGUGGGGAGCACCAGGACGUCGCUGGUCCACAGGCUGGUUCGGCAGAGCUCGGUGGACAGCCAGGACUCUCUCGAGGUAAAUGUUGAAGACACUGUCGAAAUGUUACCCAAGUCCCGGCGAGCGCUCACAAUCCAGGAGAUUGCUGCCCUCGCGCGGUCCUCCCUGCACGGUAUCUCGCAGGUGGUGAAGGACCAUGUCACCAAGCCCACGGCCAUGGCGCAGGGCAGGGUGGCACAUCUCAUUGAGUGGAAAGGCUGGUGCAAGCCCACGGACUCCCCAGUGGCUCUGGAGAGCGCCUUCAACUCCUACUCGGACCUGAGCGAAGGGGAGCAGGAGGCCAGAUUCGCAGCAGGUGUGGCCGAGCAGUUUGCCAUUGCUGAAGCCAAGCUGAAGGCCUGGUCCUCCGUGGAUGGGGAAGACUCCAACGAUGAAUCCUACGAUGAGGACUUUGGGACAAACACCAACAGCACCCAGCCAGCUGGGGCUCCCUGA